CACACGAAAAAGAGAAGCAAGCACAACACAAUUUUUUUUAUAACAACUAAAAUGGCAAACAAUAUGGUCGCAUCUCCUUAUAAGAAUACGUUCAUGAUGAUUGCUCUUGUUCUCAUCCUUUUAAUUUCAGGUUCAGAAGCAAGAUCGAAUGGAAUAUAUGAUCCGAUGUGUCCUGGAGUAUGUGGAAAUUUGGUUAAACCAGAUUGCAAUGGACUUUGCCAUGAGUUAGGGUUUCCUGCAGGAGGAUAUUGUAAACCAGGAAACACAUGUUGUUGCAAAAAGAAAGACUCUGGACCUGUUGAUGUUCCACCAACUGCUUGAUUGUUAUUUCUUUGACUAAUGUCAUUAAUUUUCUCUAGAAUAAAACUUCGAAAAUUGAAAUGUGAUGUGCACAAUCAUUUCUGUUUUCUUUAUUUGGUUGAUAAGCAAAUUUGGCUAUUUAUGUUUUUUUUUUAACGGAUGCCUAUAUAUGAUACUGCAUUGCAGUGUUUUUGGUCUUUCCAUAAAAAUA